AUUAGGUUGCAGGGCUCCGUUUGCGCUCAAAGAAAGUUCCAGUGGUUUGAGUGAGGGAAUGAGCGCGCUCCGGCUCCGGCUCCGGCUCCGGCUCCGGCUCCGGGUGGGUGAACGGGCUUUGCUCUGAUUCCAUGGCCUGUACGGGCGGUGGACCAGCUGCAGCUGAACACUCCGAGAUGCUCCGAGCUCUCCGCAGCUGCACAGUGACACCGGCCCGGGGACUCAGCGAUGUUUUUCAGACGGGGAGCCAGGAUGUUGCGGUGGCUGGUGUGUGGUCGGCUGGGACCAGUUUGGAUGUGGAAAGCACUUCUGCUGUUUCUGGCCAUUGCGUUUGCAGGUCAGCUGCUGGGAGUCAUCUUCAACAAAAGCAAUGUCCAGUCAGCCGCACGAUCCAUCUUUACUUCCCCUGAUGCUCAGGGGCCGUCUCUGGGUUCCUGUCAGCCCCACACUCACAUCAUGUUCCUGAAGACCCACAAGACGGCCAGCAGCACGGUGCUCAACAUGCUGUACCGCUUCGGAGACGAGCACAACCUCCGCUUCGCCUUGCCGCUGGGAUACCAGCUGGGCUACCCGCUGCCCUUCAACGCUCACAGGGUGAAAGGCUACAGAGGUCCCAGAGCCAUCGAGUUCCACAUCAUGGGGAAUCACAUGAGGUUUAAUAAGCCGGAGGUGGAGAAGGUGAUGCCUGCAGACACCUUCUACUUCUCUAUCAUCAGAGACCCAGUCGCUCUGGCUGAGUCUUCCUUCGCCUACUAUAAAGAAGUGGCCCCGGCCUUCCGGAAAGCCAAAGGAUUGGGGGAGUUUGCGGAUGACCCUAAAAAAUUUUACGACCCUCGUCUACGGAACAACCACUAUGCCCACAACCUGCUGUGGUUUGACUUUGGCCUUGACAGCAAUGCCAAUUUCUCUUUGGCGCUGGCUCGGCUCGGAGAGGACAUGAUCCGGCGGACCUUCAAGCUGAUUCUCGUCUCCGAGUACUUCGACCAGUCCAUGAUCCUGCUGAGACACGCCCUCUGCUGGCCACUGGAUGCCGUCGUCUUCUUCAGCCUGAAUGCUCGGCAGCAGAAGCCCAUCAGUGCCGGUGGGGUGGCUGGGACCUGGGUGGGCAAAGCAGCAGCGGCCGCUGGUGUUGGUAUUAGAGGCGGGCUUGUUCAAGCAAAGACGCUACCGAACCUUUCCCUAACGCCGGAGCAACGGGAAAAGCUUAGACAGUGGAAUGCCUUUGAUUGGUAUCUAUACAAAGCCUUCAACAAAACCUUCUGGAAGGAAAUUGACAAGUUUGGUCAUGCUCAGAUGGAAAAAGAAGUCCGACUCCUCAGGAUGCGUAGGGAAGACCUGGCCCGGGUGUGCCUCAGGGACGGGGGGAAGCCUGUGGAAGCUCAUCGGAUCCGGGACAAAAGCAUUAGACCAUUCCAAAGUGGACUAAUUAAAAUUCUGGGUUAUGAGCUCCAGCCGGGGCUGGACAAUACCACUCAGAUGUCGUGCCUGAGGAUGAUCAGGCCUGAGAUCCAGUACAAGGACGUGUUGGAUUCUAAGCAGUUUCCACAGUUCCACGCCAUCCCAGCUCAGCAACAGAGCCAGAGGCUGCUGGUGGCCGUUGGUGGGACCUUUAUAAAACAAGAGCCACCCAGGAAAGGAAUAAAAGAGACGGGAGGAGAAGCUGGAGCUGGAGGAAGGACUUUGGAGGAGGGAAUGAAAGACUGGGAAGGCAACCGCUUAGUUAGGAACAACCAGACUUUGGUACGAGAGAAUGGAAAAGGAAGGCUUAGAUAGGAACCUGUCGUUUUCUGUUUCUGGAAGCUUGAGAUGACUUAGAAAUGGAUGAAUACUAGUUUUGUUUACUUGUAUGAAAACUAAAAGCUCUUCUUCUAUUUUGACUUGUUUUCAUAAAUACUGUUGUAGCUGUAGUUAAUGUGGUCAUCAGAUGUUCUAAUAGCAGCAGUCACUAGGGCUGGGCAGUGUUGGCUUUGGAUCAAAUUUAGCCUUCCUGUAAAAUAUGUCCUGUGUCACUGUCUGCCUGGAAAGACUGUUGGGCAUUUUGAGAUGAUAUGAAUGAAUGAAUGAAUGAAUGAAUUACUAUUCAACGGCCCAUAUUGAUCUGUCAUCACCUCACAAAACACAAUCAUUGAACAUGUGAAGUAAAGUAUUCAUACCACCGACUCCUAUAAUUAUUAGUCAGCUCUGCUUCUGCUUGCUCCUCUAUGGUGUGCAGGUAAUUAAAGCAGCAGUGUAUUAUUUUAUAAUGAAAAUGCCAUGUGAUUAGUUUGGUUAGCUAGAACACAUGCUAACACUUUGGUCAUGGAGUGAGUUGAAGAUGACUUUAUCAUCAAAGACUUGCUCUUGUGCAGAGUAUAAUCUCUGCAGCUCAUCUCUUAAAGGGACGGUUUGGGGGUUAAAGCAGAGGUCCACUGAUUGGCCAGCCGAUCUGGCUCUACAAAGGUCUGAAAAUCAGCCACUGUCCUCUUGUCCCUGCUGUGAGAGACUGACUGAGGCCACAGCUUAAUUUAGAGACUUUGUGGCUAUAUUUAGUGGUGUUUCAGAUCUCUUUUAGCAGCUUUUUUUUUCUUCAAAAAAACCAAACAGUGAUUAAUGUAGUUCCUGUGUUAUCGGAGAGUUUGGUGACAACUGACAGUGUCGGCUAUUAAAAAGGAACCAGCACCGUAAUCAGGUCAGGCUUUUUUAAAUGGCUGGAAAACUGCAGCUGUAGUUUACAGUAACAGCCAAUCAGAGGGGAGCCUAGACCAAUCAGAUUGCUACUUGCCAGACAUUUUAUAGUUGUUCAAGUAAAAGCGGUUUAAUUAGGAACAUGACUAUUUAAAUACCCGUUCAGUGGUGAAAGAAAGACACUUCAGAAGUUUCUAAAACAGUGUUUCCAUGAAACACUCUAGAAUUGUGUUUGUUAUUCCUUCCAGCUGUGAGCGUUUCACUGAAUCUUAAUAACUCCACAGAACCUCAUUCUAGAACAAAUCAAAGCUCUGAUUUUUGAACUGAACUGGAGUUUCUUGGUGUUUAGUCCCUGCAGCUCAGAUCUCCUUUAACCAUUCAGAGGUUCAGGCCUGUGGUUUAUGCAAAUGUUCCUAAACCUUUAAACCACGCUUGUCUAUUUUAAAGGCGUUAUAAAUGACGUCUUUACGUCAUUUAUAUUUAUCAUAAAUCAGUGACAUUACUAAAUAUUUUUAAAAUAACCAUACACAGGAAAGCCAGAACUGUAUCUGAAUGAGAAAGGAAAGUGUUUAAAAAAAAAAAAAAAUACUACGUUGUGUUUGAAUCUCUGGAUUGAAUUUUGAGACUUCAGCUUAGUGGGACGGUCGAACCUGAGUGGAACGAUAAAUUGACUUCUGAACGCAAUAUGCUAAUCACUCAUAACUGCUCCACAGAACCCUACUUUUAAGAUAUCUGAGCUGUCCCUUUUAACUGUAGAGUUCAUGAACAAUAAACUCUUCCUGUCCCACAGCAGGUAUUAUAUGAAGAAGCUGCACAGCAUGAUUGCACAAUACAGUAUGUUUACCAGAGCACAGCCCACUUUAACUUCCAACCCAACUGUUUAACUCCCAUCCAAAGUGGUGCUCUGGUCAUUUCCGAGUUGGUAUUACUACAUCACCACCCAGCCCUACCAGGAAUAUCAAAAAGCUGUGUUCUGUCUGUUUUCUUGUUUUUUACAUGAACUUUUCAAUUCUUGGUACUGCCUUUUAUUGUAUAAGAGAACUGGCACUAGAGCCUGUUUCCUGGUUGUAAGAGUUUUCAUAUUAAGGUUGAUGUAAUGUGCAAGACUUUAUAAAAUAUUCCCUCCCCUCUCA